UAGACUAUUUCCAUGAUCCAGUACUAAUCCAUGGUGGUAUGAUAAGACAUCAGAGCAUUUCAGACAAGGACCUUUACAUAUAGAAAAGGGCAUCUUUAGUUUUAUGGUGGAUGAUAGGCGCGCUCGUAGAAGUCAUCAUCAAAUGCAUUUUGACACACAAACACACGCGUCAACUUUAGCUUUAGUUCGGCUGAAAGAUUCCAGAUCCAGUGAGUCACUUAUUCAUUGUCCUGAAUAAAUCACACCCACUGCUUCUCUCCUUCAAUCUGCACUGCUGCUUUCUACAAAAAUACACACACACACACAUGUUGACACACAAAAAACAUGCAUGACUAUACGCUUCAUUCACAGAUGAUCACAGAGAAGGAGUCCUUUUUUCACAUUAAAAACCUUUGUUUAUUGUCAAAUUAUCAGUUUUCAUCAUUCUGUGUGUUUAAUGUGCAGACACUCUGGCUAUAAAUCACCUUUAACCUAAGUUUAAUGUCUGUUUGUGUUGAGGAAACCACACAAUUCCUUGCUCUCUUCACUUCUCAAGAAGACAUUAUGUCACUUUCCAUUUCAACAGUCUUCGUCUCUCUCCUACUCCCCCUUAGCAGUAGAAUGGAGUCCAUGUCUCCCUGCAUUUCCCUAAGGCAAACUAACGGCUACACCCGGUGUCCUGAGUGAACAUAUACAGCAUGACAAAGUGACUGCUCCUUUUAUGCCACUUUGUUUAUGUUGUGCCCUUACAUCUUAGACAAAAUAACAUUAGGGCUCUCCCAUAUCCAUGUGUCCUCCAAGUCCAUCACCCCUCACCCUGCUUGCUUUUAAAUGUGACCAUUUUCCACCAAUUCCUCCAUCUAAUCCACUUCAAUUCAUCACUCCUAUCCCACCUUGUCACUUUCAUUCUUCUCCUGCCAUAGAUCUCAAUCUCUCACGCAUAUGUAUGCCUUACUCUCACUCUGGGCAAAAAGCCUGUGAAAUUUCCCACAGGGGGAGGCAACAUCAGUUUGCUUCUGCAACGUAGGAAAUGGACUCAUGUCUGAAGCAUUGAUUUUCUCUCUGCAUUAUGGGAAAGAGAUGGCAGCGAGGUGAGGGCUAAGAGGCUCGCGGUUCGAUACACAUUCUCAUCACAAUACCGGAUGCUCCUCCGUAGCCUAAUUGGUUUCACUGCCCUGGUAUUGGUGGUAAUUGUCAUCAGGUGACUGUAUUAAUUUAACAGUAAUAAGCAACAGGAGAAAGACGACAGGGGCCAUUUUAUUUUCAUUAGAGAUUCACGGUAUAGUUUGAAAUAUGCACUUUACAUGAUAAGUCUGGUUGUUAGCUAGUAACUUUAGGGCCUAUUUUACUGACUGUAUAGUGUGUUGCGUGGUCCAGCAAACAGUACUGGAUGUGCCUGUCUGGUGCUUGUGUGUAUUUCACCCAGGUCUUCCCAUCAUCGCCAUCAUCAUAGUUUGAGGUGCGUGAAAGUACGGAGGAAUGUAGCACGGUGCUGCAAAGACUGAAGCCUUGCUCACUGUCUCUCAUACGCAGACACAGACAGACAUCUCUGUCGACUUUGGUUUAUCUUAGAAGAAGCAGUUUUUCUCCACCCACCACCACAGCUGGCACCAGCUCAUGUCUCAUAAAACCUAGAAUAAGCCCAAGCCCGAAAGAUGAGGGCUCUUGUUUAGCGGACACAUACGUGUUCGGAGAAACUCUUCGGACGCGCAGAUCGAGACGCUUUUCUGCAGAAGCAAUGCAACGAGAGAUUUCAUGCAGAACAUAGCAGACUCUAUUGACUGCAGCUCAUCACGAUGAAAGAAGGAAUCCGCUCUGUGUUUUUACGGGUGCUUGGAGUGGCCUUGCUCUCUGGUCUUCACACCCUGGGUGAAGCACCAUCUCCAAAUGAGCAUUUGAGCACAGAGGAGGUGGACGGGCCCAGGCCUCCUCACCUCAUCUUUAUCAUGGUGGACGAUCAGGGUUACGGGGACAUCGGCUACCAUGGCUCAGACAUUCAUACUCCUGUGCUGGACCAGCUGGCGGCAGAAGGGGUCAAGCUGGAAAAUUAUUAUGUCCAGCCUAUCUGCUCACCCUCUCGCAGUCAACUCAUGACAGGGCGCUACCAAAUUCACACUGGACUCCAGCAUUCAAUCAUCCGACCACGUCAACCGCUCUGCCUGCCCCCCGACAUUCCCACUUUGCCAGAGCGUCUAGUUGAGGUUGGAUAUGCCACGUACAUGGUGGGUAAAUGGCACCUGGGCUUCUGCAGACCAAGCUGCCUGCCCACGGGACGUGGCUUUCAGAGUUUCCUGGGCACUCUCACUGGCAGCGGAGACCACUUCACUUACCAGAGCUGUGACGGGGCUGAAGCUUGUGGAUUCGACCUGCACGAAGGGGACAAACCCGCCUGGGAGAUGAGGGGUAACUACUCUACUCUGCUCUACAUAGAGAGAGUGAAGCAGAUCCUGAGGAACCACGACCCCCACAAACCACUGUUCCUUUACCUGUCCCUUCAAGCUCUCCAUACACCUUUGCAGGCACCAGACCAUUUCCUGCAGCAUUACGAUUACCAGGGCAAUCGUCUCAGACGACACUAUGCAGCUAUGCUGAGUUACUUGGAUGAUGGAGUUGAACACGUGGUGCAGGAACUCAAGAAUACUGGACUAUAUCAGAACUCAGUACUGAUCUAUUCCUCUGAUAAUGGUGGGCAACCACUCUCUGGAGGGAGCAACUGGCCACUAAGGGGAGGCAAAGGGACCUACUGGGAAGGGGGCAUUCGGGCUGUGGGCUUUGUACACAGUCCUCUCCUGAAGAGGAAAGGUGUAGUCAGCAGAGCACUCAUUCAUGUCUCUGACUGGUAUCCCACAUUACUUGGGCUGGCUGGGGCCCUGCCAUCCCACCAAGACCUUGAUGGUCAUGAUGUGUGGCUGACUAUCAGUGAGGGCUCACCCUGUCCUCGCACUGAAAUACUUUUUAACAUUGAUCCAGUCUCGAGGAAGCCAGGGGAGCCAUAUGAGAAGGCAAUGGUCCUCAAUGGAUUUGGCAUCUGGGACACUGCUACAAGGGCUGCGAUUAGGGCUGGGGACUGGAAGCUGCUGACAGGAAAUGUGGGUGAUGGGGACUGGAUACCACCACAAGCUCUACCUGGUGGCAAAGAACCGUGGCAGAAACUCGAGAAGCGGCGAAUUGAGACGGGCAAGUCAGUUUGGCUGUUUAACGUCACCGCUGACCCCUAUGAAAGGUCAGACUUGGCAGAAGCUCGUCCAGAGAUAGUGAAACACCUGCUGGCAAGGCUGGCAGAGUACAACCAGACGGCUGUGACGGCCAUGAAUCCGCCAGACGAUCCUAUGGCUGACCCUGAACUCCACAGAGGCGCGUGGAGCCCCUGGCUCGGCCUGGAGGAGAACGGUGUAGGGGACAGUCUCGGAAAAGAGAAAAUGAUAAAGGAUGGCAUAGUGAGGCACGAGUUCAGCGUGCCUCCCUCCCCCCUGUGGAGAGACAGCGAUGGCCCUGUUUGUGUAACAACGGCAGCUGGUCACAGAUGAUUUCGGAUGUUAGCCAGAGCAAGCGGAGUCUUUCGACCACGGCUAGUUGUGCAAGUUAGAAGCAGAAAAGUCCAGGAGUGUUAGUAUCAACUAGUGGACAGAUGAGGGACGAUACGCACAGAAAAUACACACCUCUGAAUCCUGUCCGGUCUGUCAUCAUCGGUUAUCAAUAAAGAGCCAGUGUUUAACCUU